UUUCGUGGGAAUGCUGGAAGCCAUGACCUGCAAUUCUCUGUAGAUACACUCACAGCUCUAAAAGAACUAACAAAAUCAGGCAUGAAGAUGAAGCUGCCGCGGUAUGAUAAGUCUGCUCAUGGAGGGCGAGGUGACAGGGCUGAUCCUUCAGAAUGGCCAGAGAUUGAAGGUCCUCUAUCGGUGGUUCUUUUUGAAGGUUGGAUGCUUGGCUUUAAACCUCUCCCUGGUGAUGUUGUCAAAGCAGUAGACCCACAGCUUGAAAGCGUAAACAGAAAUCUUGAAUCCUACUAUGAUGCAUGGGACAGGUUUGUGAACAUAUGGAUAAUCAUCAAGAUCAAGGAUCCUAGUUGUGUUUAUCAGUGGAGAUUACAGGCUGAAGUGGCAAUGAGAAAUGAUGGGAAACCUGGAAUGUCCGACGAGGAGGUCUUGGAUUUUGUGUCUAGGUAUUUACCUGCCUAUAAUGCAUAUCUUCCAACCCUGUAUUCUGAAGGCCCAAGGGAUUUCUUCGAUAAGGAACGGCUUCUAGUAAUUGAUAUCGAUGAAGAGAGAAAUCCCGUAUCAGAGGUUUGAAAUUUAAUGUAAUUUAACAUUCUGGAAUCUAACAUUUAGGCUUGCCUAAUGAUAUAACCAUGCCAACUGUUCAUCAU